AUGGCGCCAAUUAAUUCGAUUCUCCCCAGACAAUCAACCGGCGACAAUUGCCCAAGUACAAUUGGCGGCGGCGCAAUCGCAGGUAUCGUUCUCGGCUCGAUUGCAGGAACCCUUCUUCUACUUUGGCUAUGGCGAGUAUGCCGGACGCCCGGGACAUGGAGCGGUGGCGAACCAGAUGUCGGAUACCGGCCUCCGAUCGUGCGCAGUAGCGCAAGCACGCGUAGUCGGAAGAAACGCCGUCGCGGACCUGGCACUUUCGUCGAUUAUACCGAGAAGCCUAUUCGUACAAGUUCGCGCCGUUACAACGAUGAUGUGCGUCGGCCGGCAAGGGUUUAUAUGACUGAGACAUGA